AAUGUUAAUUUGAAAUCAAAGUUAGUUAAGUCUUCCCCUUUGCUUUGUAUUGUCUUUCCAUUGAAUAAAAAGAAAUGUCACCAAGUCUAAGAGGCUCACUUAAACUUCAUAAAUUCUGAAAGUCACAAAUCCCUUGCUUUGGUCGCACCCCUCACUACCUCGAACCUCCGCAUACGACGUCGCACCUCCGCUCCGCUUAGGUCAACAGGAAGCACCAGAAGAGAGGAACACAAGGAAUCGACAUCCAUGGAUUCACAAGGCCAGACGACUUCUUUGCAGAGACUUCAGAAUGUGGAAAAGAGAAUUGUGAAGGUUUUGGAGCUUGCAGGAGGAGUCAUGGAUGAGCUUGCUAGCCCUGUUGGUCCUAGGAAAGAUAUAGUCCAAAGCCACUGCCUUGAGUUCAUGCAAUUAAUCAAGGACAUUCAGGUAGCAUUGCGUGAUGAAAUCAAGAGUGCUUGUGAAUAUCGUCCGUUUGAGAAAUGUGACUAUGGUUCAAGAAUAGCCAACGAGAUUUGUUACAAGAAAGCGGAAUUUAUUAUGUCACAGUUGGAUGCAAUGAAACAAACCAUAGAUGAGUAUCAUGCAGCAGUUUGAAAAUGUAGCUUAGUUCUGUGUAGAAGCCUAGACUACCUCAUUGUAAUUCACUUAUUUGAGAUUGUUACUAGUUGGUAUGUUGUUUUGGAUAGGGAUAUAUUUACCUUUGUAGAGAAAGGAUGAUUAUAUAAAAUAUCAAAUUUUAGUGGGAAUUAUUUUGUUCCUGGUAUCUUAAUAGGGACUUUCAUUUAGUUUAUGGACAUCUGGACAAUACUUAUGUA